AUGUCGACAAUUUUCCAGAGAAGUGGCGAAAGCUCCUUGCUGCCAUUACGUCCUGGGAAUUCUGCACUUCAGCAAGAUCCUCUUGUCUACAUUGACCGUCAAACAAAAUACAUCCAGCAUAAUCUACAGGUCCUGAUUGAUGCCCAAAGUGAUGGUCUCCUGGCAGGCCUUGGAGGGACACCGCAAACCACCGAUUCCGUCUCAAACGGAAGCUUUACCCUGACCGAGCUGAGCCGUCCUCGAAGUCCUCCAACAGUUCCCGUUCGGCAGCCUGUCGCAAGAAAUAUUGGACUACGUGCCGCAAGAGAGGGAAUCUUCAAAUCAAUUUAUGACUUGCUGAAGUUGAGAGAAGAGGAGCGAAAUAUUCUCAGCUUUCGGGUAGACGAGAGAGCGGAUGCAUUGGGCGAGAUUGACAAAUUUAGUACCAAAAAAGCCGGCUUAAAGAACGCCAUAGCAAGUAUCCACAAUAAUGAGGGCAACCAGCGCUCAAAAGAGCUGCAGGAUGAGAGCCAUCAUCUGGAAACGGAAAUUCGGGAGUUGGAGACUAAGCUUCUUGAGAUGAAAGUCAGGCAUCGACAUGUCAUCCAAGAACUCUCGCAAAUGGAGAACGCCGUUGAGUCGAAAAUGUCUUCUUACAAGGCUUCAUUGUCUCUCGUGGAGUCAGAUAUCGACAAAUUUCUGAGGCAACCCUCUGUCCAGCCUCAUUUAGCCGGUAGCAAUCAAUCAACUUUCUAUUCUCUCAAUCCCAAGCGCCGCACCCUUGAGAUGGCUCGGGAUCAUUGGCAAAUGGAGCAAGUCGACUUGCGGAAGAGGCAACAGGAGAUAGAUGCUGAGAUCCAGGCUCUCGAAGAAGGCGGUGGCAUAUGGAAGCAGGUGAUAGGCGAGGUUUCAAGCUUCGAAAAACGACUUAGAGCCACGAUGCGCAGGUCGAUACAAACAUCACAAAUUCUCAAGGCAGACAAGCAGUCAAGAGACAGUCUGGAAACUGACCAGAUUCGGACUGUAAUAGAAGACCUUGAUCAAAUGACGAACAGUGUGGAGCAACAUCUGGAUCUUGCGGAGAGAAAAGGGUGGAAACUACUCACAUGCUGUAUUGGUGCGGAAUUGGGAGCCCUACGUGAAGCACGAGAAAUGCUCCUAGACGCUUUCGGUGUAUCUGAAGAGGCCCUAUGGCCUGGUAGAGGCAAAAAGAAGGCCAAUGAGGAUCACCCCGAUCGUCAUCACGAUUCUUUUGCAGAUCCACUGAGCGUGGACAACCCGGAACCUCCUGCUGACUUACUCAGGGAUGAGACGCACUCCCACACGGCAGCUGCCAGGUCAGAAGACGAGGAUGAUGAGCCUGAUCCCGCUUGGUUGCUUCCAGAAGUUUGA